AUGUCGUCAGCCGCUGGGAAGCAAAGUAACAACUCUGGACAGGACGAUGAGGGCGAAGAAGAGGAUGACGAAGUCGGGGAUCUGGUUUCUGCCAUCAAUUACAACACCAUUAAUUAUAACACCAUAUCUUCUAUGGCCGUGCUCAAAGAAAUACUUGGUAAAAUUAAUAAAACUAAUAUGCACCUAGAUAUCAACAGCUGAUCACAUUAUUUUUAUGGUGGUCCAUCUGAUACAUGUGAUUUGGAUUUUAUUUUAAAUUCAAUUGGGUUUAUUUAAUUAUGCAGUUAAAUUUAGUAAUGUAAUUUUCAUAUGUUAACGUUUAAAAUUAUUUUUCUUGAUGUAUUCCUAAUUUUCUUUAUUUAAUAAUAAAGAAAUCAAUUGAUUUUACAUAAUAUUUAAAAUUAAUAUAUCUUCUUAAUUUUCGCAUUAUUUCACCCAGUUGAAAUUGACUAUUUUUCAAUUUUUAUUUGACUUUAUUAUACAUCUUCCUAAAUCCCUUUACAAACUCUGCAAAUUCUUCUUUUAGCAUAAUUUUUUCUUUAUUUUGUUUUCUGUAUUCAACAUUAUAUUCUCUUUUAUCUCUUAACAUGUAGUUUAACCUCUAAGGUUCUAAACUAUCUAAUUAUUGUUCUAUUUUAGUUUAACACAAGAAAAUAAAACAUCUGUUUUAAAACAAUAUUUACUAAUUGCAAAAAAAUAUUUAUGAAUAUAAUAUUUUAUUAUCUACCUACCUAAUUGAGAUUAUGAUAUGAAUAUUGCAGUAUUUUUUUCAAAUUUAUAAAACAGUAUAAUUAAUAUAUAUGUAUAUAAAUGUUAUUCUUCUGUGGGUGAUUGUGGAAUUUUUGUUAUGGCGCUCCAUAAAUUCUGUUGAAAAAAAUUGCCCUUAACGAGAUAAAGUUUUCUGUUUAAAAUACAUUAACAUUUUUGUUUAUUUUGAAAUUUGUUUAAACAUAAUAUACAAAGGUGGCAAAAACAUUUUAUCUUUCCUGAAAAUAAUAUACAGUAAAGUACUUUUGAGGAGAAAAAAUUAAAAUUGAACUUUUUUGCUCCUUCACCUUUUAACACUAUUAUUUGAGGUUGAGAACCCUCGUUGAUUAUCCUAAUCUUUCACUUAAACUGAUCUCCCACCUCGCAUACACCAGCUGUAUAUCAUAUCAUUCUUAAUUAUAUAUUAACCAUCUUUUUCGUGUGGUUUUGUCAACUAUAUAAAAUGAAAUCCUUCAUUCUACAGAAACAAUACCAUUUGCCUAUUGGAAUCAUCCACCUGGGCUUCCUACUAGUAAGAGAUCGGUGCCCCGGUUUCCUUAUACUUGUAGCAUCAUAUUGACCCCCUAAAUUUUUUCCCUUUCAAAAAAUACCUAAACCUCAAUUUCUAUACAAGAUCAAAAAUGUUCUUCAAUUCUCUAGGCCUUAUGUAAACAAAGUUCAAAAUAAAUGAAAAACUUUACCUUGUUAUAAGAGUACAAAACAAUUGUCCUAAAAAUGAAACUCAAAUAGUAAUCAACAUUUUUUUUUAUUUAUUUCAAAGAAAGUUAGUUUUGCCAAGUCAAUAAUUAAUAAAGUUGAGUUUUACAGUUUGGCAUUUAAACAAAUAAAACCAAUUUGAGUACCUAUAUUUUUAUAUAUUUUUUUUUUUACUUUUAUUCAAAUUUAUGAUAGUGUAUUAAAUAUAAAUAUUUUACUCUAUGUUAAUAUUAUGUAUUUUCAUAACAUUUUAACUUUGAAAUCUAAAACUAUUCAGUGAUUAAUUUUAGUACUAUUGAAGAUAUUAUUAAAAAUGAUGAAAAAAUUAGUCAUUGUUGUGUUUUCUUUUCUUAUUGGUUAAACAAUUUGUUUUGUAGUUAAAUGCAUGAUGGUGUACAUUAUCAUUAAUCGUAUUUAAUUAUUACACAUUUUUUUUUAGGUUUUAUAGACCAUUUCGGCUGCCACCGAAACUAUUUCGAUCAGUUUUAUUAUAUGCUGUUUUCCAUUUCACAUUCAUUGUUCCUUUAAUGAACCUAAUCAAAUUUUGAAUUUUCUCUAUUAUACAUCUUGUAUAAUUGGAUAUUGGUUUUGAUUUCUUUUUUGUGUUUGUUGUUUUUGAAUACUGGUCUAGAUAUUAUAGAUUCUGAGCGGAGUGAAGAAUAUAUUUGUUUUAUAAUGAUGGUUUUUUUAAAUGUUUUUUUUUCUGUCAACAAAUUUUCAACCAGAAAUAAAAAUUUUCAGGUGUAGCAACUUUAAUGAAAUUUGACUAGGGUAUUAUUUUUUGAUUUUUGCUGACGUUUUCAUUAUAAAUGGAAAAUUCACUAAAAAUUUAUAAAAUCUAUUAUUUUAAAAUUGUAAAUAUUAUGGCCUUUAAAAACAUUUUUAGCUGAACUUUGCUCAGAAUCAUACGUUAACAAUGAUUAAUCGUUACAUACAGAUGUACCUUAAAUUUUCCUAACUUCUCACCUACAACAGUGGGCCAUCAAUCUUGUGAAGUAUGUCCAUUUAUUCCAUUAUAAAUUUAAUCAAUUAUUUACUACAAAUAUUUAAUUAGAUAAGUUUAUGAGUGAAAAUUAUAUCAUUUUAAAUCUAUACAAUUAAUGUAUUCUAUGAUCCAAAACACACAAUGUUUUUUUAAGUAAAGUCAUUGCUUCACUAUUUUGAGAGAAAUUAAUAUACAUAUAUAUUUAUAUAUAAUUAAUCUACUUUGAAUUCAUAUAAUUAUUUUAUUAAUAACUAAGGGACUUACUUGCUUUGCUCACCAAACACUGUAACUUGUAACCAUAUAGUUACAUAAAUAAAAUAUAAUAAAUAUUUGGAAGAUACAACUAUCAAAACUCUUUUGUAAAUACUUUCCUACUUCCUACUUCAUACUUGGUUUUAAUAGUAUAAUCUUUAAUUAGCAAAAUGAAUUACAAAUUAUUAUUAAACUAUUUUUAUUUUUGUACAAAUUUUAGUUGGUGUGUCAUAUUACUUUUUUUUGUAUUGCUUUAUUAUUUUAUUUAGGUAGAAUAUUGUAUGUUGAUUUUUAAGUAAUAUUAUGUGUAAUUUUUCAACCAUUGCUUAAAUAAUUUUUGUAGUUGGUAUUUUAACUACAAAAUGCAUACACAAUCAUUUACUAGAUAGUUUAAUUAUUUUAAAUUGUUAAAAAUGUAAAAUCCAUUAAUUAAAAAACAUUUUUGUCAUUUACAAAUAAUAAAUUUACAUAGUUAAAUUAUUACUACUGGUUAAAGUUAACAGGACAUAGUAUGAACAGCCCUAUUUUUAUUAAAGUAAUUUUAUUAGAAAAAGUCUCAACUAAUUACUUGUAAAAAGUACUGUAAUAAUGAAAUCUAAAAUAAUUUUUUCUUAGUUAUCAAAUUUUUGGAUUUUGUUAAAUUUAACAAUUUAGUGUUACCAAAAAUCGCAACAAAUAUCCAAAUUGUGUAUCCUAAAAAAAAAAAUUCAAGCAUGGAUAUAUUGAUGCGUUGAUAGCAUGUUUAUAUUGAUCAUCAAAAUAAUGAUACUGAAAUGAUAAAAAACAGUACAUUUGUUUUUUGUAACUAAUAAUUUUGAAUUCUUAUUACUAAUGCUGUAAUUAGGUAAUCAAUGUUCUCUUAUUUAAGAAAUACUACAUUAUUAAAAAUAAACAAUAGAAAUAGUAUUAUAAAGCAAAUAUGUAUUAGUUAAAUUGUGUUUAAAAAAAUUAUAUUUCUCAGGAGCUCUUUAAAAUAUGAUUUAAUUUAUUAUUAUAUAAUAUUACAUUUUAGAUUUAUAUUUUUAAUAAAACCAAGUUUUAUAUUAUUAUUUGUCAUAUUCUUAAUAAUAACUGUAAUUUUAUAAUUUUGUUAAAGGAGCUCAAGACAGUCCUGAAGACGCUGAUUGGUUCCAACAUUAUUUCUUGCGUCAUGUUAAUCGCUUACCAUCACGAAGUCAUCAGUUUGUAGGUCGACGUCUUUCAGAAUGUAAAGAAGAAGAUGAACAUAUUGAACAUAAUUUAAAAUCAUCAUUAACUGAAGAACAAAUAAAUAGUACUAACAUUAGUGCUAAAUCAACACCACCUAUAUCACCACUAUCACAUCAUAGAGAUAAACAUUUUUUUGACGUAAAUUUAGUAGAAAUGAAAUCUCAGGCGUCUUCAACGUCCACUUUAGAUUAUGAUUCAAUGGAUGAAGUGUGGAUUAAACGGCAUGAUGCUGAAUCAACAAGGCGUAGACCGGUGUGUAUGAUUUAUGAAUAUAAUAUUUUAUAUUUAUUUACUGUAAAAUAUUUUGUUUAAUAGUUCUUUAUAAAUUGUAAUUUAGAAGAUUUUAGUUAAUGGCUGUUCAGGCAUUUUUAAAGUCAUAAUUUUAACAUACUUGGCACAAACUGAGUUAUCAUUUAUUACCAUUUGGUUUAUCAAUAUAGUAAUUUUAUAAUACACUUCUAGUUUUGAUAUAUGUUUAUAUUCUAGAAGUAAUUUUUUAAUUUAACAAUUAUUAAAUUUAAUUUUUCUUAGUACUCAUUAUCUUUUGAUUAUCAUUAAAAUCACUUUAUUAUACAUAAAUUAAUAAACUACAUUAAGAAUUAUACAAAUUUCUUAAAGUACUAUUCAUGUGCAAUUCUUGGUGUAAAAAAAUUGUUAAACUUUUUGGAAAUAUGUACAUUCUCAAAAGUACAUAUUUAGAAAAAAAAAGGAUAUACUAUACCACUAUAGUAACCAUACUAUAAAGUUUUAACUUUUUCACUCUGUUCAAAAUUAUACUUGUACUCAACAUUUUUCUGUUUUGAUUAUUAAAAUUAUUUUUUUAUCGUAUCAAUGUAUAGUUUGUUAUUAUCAGUGGCGUACCUUAGAACAUUGAGAAGUAAUUGCCUCUCCCUCCAAAAAAAAUUGUCCACUUACACCACUAGUUUAUUUAAUAUUAAGUAAAUGUUAAUGCAAAUAGUUAUAUAUUUUAAAUUUCAUAUUAUUUUUAAACACCAAAUAACAAAACUUUCUUCUCACAUUUCAGUUUUUCACACAUUUUAUAUAAUUUAUAGUCAUAUCAAUAUCAAUUUUUGCUUUUAUUUAAUCAGUUAUAAUACUAGAUCUUAAACUAAUUUUUAAUGUUAUAUAUAAAUUAUUACAAAAAAUUAAGUAGAAUAAUUUUAACUUUUUUUUUUUUUUUAUACAAAUUAUUAUCUUAGGAACUAGGAUCACAACCUUUACCAACUACAGCAGAUGAAUCAGAUGGUCAGUGUAUAUCAAUCAAUCGACCAAGAUCUGGUAAAAAUAUUUAAAAUUCUUUUAGUUACUUAUAUUCCUGUUUGUAUUUAAAUCAUAUGAGUGAACCUAUUAAAAAAAUUUAAUUUAACAUUUUAUCUUUUUUUUAAAUAAAAAAAAAAAAGUAAUAUAUUAAUGAAAAUCAAAAUAAGUAUAAAUAGACAAAUUGUUUUUUGUUUUGUAUUCUAUUAAUCAGUUUCAAUUCAUUGUUAUUACAUUUUAUUUAUUAAUUCCAAUUAUGGUAUAAUAAAAAGUUAUUGCAUUGUAAGGCCAGGGUUAACAAGAAAAUAAUAAUCCUACUUUUAGGCCUCACCUUUAUUGUUCAAAACUGCAUUCCAUAUUUCUCUAUAUUAAUAUAUUAUUGAUUUUAUAAAGAAUUGUGUUUGUGUGAUGAUUUUUAAGUGAACUGAGUGAAAUAUAUUAUGUUUAUUAUAGUAUUUAUAAUUUAAAAUGUUAGAAAUAUCUGCACGAGAUUUUUCAGGUAAUUGAAAAGUAUUUUAUAUUAACUAUAAUUGUAUAACCUUUAAGCAGGCGCGUUUUUAUUUUAAUUCAAAGACAUAUUGGAUUAGGUUAGGUUUUUAUUUUUAUUUUUUUAAAUUUUGUGAAAACAAUUAAUUAUAAUAGACUAUAUUAUUAUUUUUUGUAGUAUAUGUUUUAUUUUUGAUGGGGGUUUAUCUGUAUUAAUAUUGAUCUUAGUUACCAAAAAUAUAUUUUAAUAAUAUGCAAAAUAUGUGAUUAAAAAUAAUAUUAUAUUUAUUAUUAAGGUACAUGGAGCAAAGGUGGUUCAGCUCCUGUAUUAAUGCCUGCAGUAGUAGCUGCUCUAGCUAAAACCAAAAAAGCGUCAGUUAGUGUAGAAAGACGUCAAUCAGGUGAUGACAUUCUAGCCAAAGGUACACCAAAAGUACAGCCAUUGAAAAAUAAGAUUCAACAAUCAUCGUCACAACAAAUUCAACCAGUACAAAGUUCCCAAAAGAAGAUGUCACCAAACCCUUGUUCUGGACAAUCUCCGUCUCAUACACGCAAAACAAAUACUCUUUUGGAUGCUUUUAGACCUAGAUCUAAAUCUGAUGCAGCAUCUAAAAAAAACAAUACAAUAAUUUUGCAAAUGAAAAAUUCUAUACAAGUUAGUGUUAUUUUAUUAUUAACUAUUCAAACAACUAUUAUAAUUCAGAAUUAAAAACUAAAAACAACUAAAAUGCCUAUAGAAUACUGAAAUAUAUAGAGCUUGAAAUUGAAGCAAAAAAAAAAAAUUGAGUUUUAUAUUAACAUUAGAGUAGGAAUUUAUAACUAUGUAUUUAGUUAGGUUAUUUUCAUUAAACUUAGCAUAUAGGGUGGUAAUAUAUUUUAGAAAAUAUAAAUUGACCUUUUUACUUAUUAUAAUUAUACUUAACUAUAAUUAAACCAUUUUGAUAAAAUUGCAAUUCUGGUACUUUGAUAAGUAAUUUUAUCAGCCAUUUAUUAUAUUACAAUGAGUUCACUAAUUUCUGGAAAUAUAUAGUAAUAUAAUUAUGAUAGAAAACAUCAUUCGUACAAAUUUAAAAUAAUGAAUUCGUAUAGCUGUAAAUAAGUCAGUUUUCAUUUUGCAUUUUUUUUUCGGGUCUUCUUAAUUAUUAAUAAAAUAACAAAGAAAUCAAAAGAGCUGUCUUAGGAUAAUGGGGACGGGUGCAGCCACAGUUGUAGGUGAGAAGUUGGAAAUGUAGGACACAGAUUUAAUGUAUAUCUGUAAGCAACAAUUAACCAUUGCUAAUGAAAAAAGAAUUCUGAGCGAAGUUUAUUUGAUAGUGUUGCUUUGUCAAUAAUAUACAUGUUAUAAUAUGGUAAAAUAAUUAUGCAUAUGCAUUCAACAUUUUCUGUAAUAAUAUUGUACCUAUUUUCCCGUUCUCCUGUUUUUCCCAUAGUUUUUCCAUUUGUUGGGAAAACUCCUGAGAAAAUUAAAAAAUGACUUUCCUAAAUUACCUCCCCAGUCAGAUUUCCUUUCAGUAAAAGUGCUACACUUCUAAAUCUGAGCAAUAUAUCUGGUAGAAAACAUAAGCUGUGAAAUUUAAAAAUAAUGAACACUAUAAAUUUGUCAAUUUUAAUAUUAAUAUUUUUUUUUUCCGGGUUUUCCCUAAUUAUAAAUAAAACUAGAGAAAAUCAAAAAACCAUAACUUAUUCAUGAACUAAAUUAAAAAUGCAACAAAAGAGGUUGUUUGUUGUUUAUCAAUUUGAGCAAUAUUUUUGUUGGAAAACAUUGUGAAUAAAAAUUAAAAGCAAUGAAAAUGGUAUAGCCACUAUGUACAGUAUAAAUUUACUGUUUUACCAAUAAUUUUCUUUUUGGUUUUUUCUUAUUAUUUUGACAACACCAUUGAAAAAUCAAAAAUUUACCUCUCCAAUGCAUCAUCAAAAGAUAAUUAUCUUCAGAAAAGGGUCUGUAGUCCAUACCUUUAAAGUGGAUUCAUCACCCUACAGAAACAAUACCAUAUCCCUACUGGCAUCACCCACCUAGGAUUUCCAUCAGUAGGAACUUGGUGUCCUGGGUUCACAAAACUCGUAUUAUCAUAUGUAUACCUCCCCCCCCUUGAGGGUACAUGUAUAAAUAUAUUAAUGAAAUAAAAUUAUGUAUAGCUUAAUGCAAAUAAAUAAUAACAAUGUUAUUAUUUAUUAUUAAACUAACUGACCUACAUUAAUGUUGUUCAUUAAAAUAUCUGAUUACCUAUUUAUUACUCGUUGAAUUAAUGCAAUAAUUUUAAAUUAAAUAUCCUAUUACAACUGUUUAAAACUAUUAAUUAAUUAAAGAUUAGGGAGAUAAACAAAUAAAAGUAAUUUGGUUUAACUUUAUUAAAAUUGUACCUAAAAAUAUAUAGAUGUCUUAUAGAAUACCAAUAUGAUACAAUGACAAACAUCAUUAAAAACUGUUUUAAUUUUUUUAACCCCUUUUUAAGCCUCCUUUAACAAAACACCGUCAAUAUAUGAAAUUAUUAAUUUUAUAUUAAUGUUAUUUAUUUAUAAAUAUACUGUAUUUUAUAUUCAAGAUAUUGCUCACAUUAAUUUAUCAUUUUUUUUACAUUGCAUAGUUAUUAAAUAAUUUUUUGAAAAAUACAUAUUUAGUAGGUACCUAUGUUUAUUAUAGCGUAUAGGUAUAUAGCAAUUCUAUAAAAAUUUAAUUUAGGUAGAAUUGUUUUAUUUAUCACUUCAAAUAAAGUACUUUAUUUGCAUAUUUAUAUCUUAUCUUAUAAAUUUAUAUAUUAAAUUGAGUUUCAAAAUUUUGUGUAACUAAUUUAUUAUUAUUGAUUGAUCAAAUAUUUUAAACUAUCUAUAUAUUGUUAUGAUAUUUUAUGAAAAACAUUAUGUGUUAACAUUUUUAAAAAUGAAUUGUUAAUAUGGUGUACAAAUAAAAUAUACAUUUUUGUUUAUAGCAAACUCUCAAAUCGCCUGGCUCAAGUACUCGUAAUAGUAUUAGUGGAUCAAAUAAUUCUUCAACUGAUACUAUUGAACUCUCAAAUAUAGUACCACCUACACGUAAUCGUUAUAAGCAAACUGCAGUAGCAGCAAGACCACGAGCUGGAUCAGAUAGUGCUAGUACUAAAGGAGCAGUAUCAAAAAUGAUGGAUUUAUUCAGACAUAGAUCUCAGAGUGCUGUUUCUGCUGAAGAUAAACGUAAAGCCGUAAGUUUAAAAUAACAAAAUCCAUUGAUUAUUUUAAUAUUAAGUAAAAAACUAAAAACUGGUUUUAUCUAAUUUAUAAGCUCAAAUUGUUUCAACAAUAUUAAUGUGUAGUCAUAUAAUAGGUAUACAAUAUUGAUUUUAGAUAUCUUGAAAAUAAAAUUAAUAGAACUGUAGGCUAUAAAAAUGAUUUUUUUAAUUUUUUAUCAUUGAUCAUAUACACUAAAAAUAAAAAAAAUGAUUACUUUAUUAAAUAUCUAACAUAUUUUUUAUUUUAUUAAAUACAAUUUUUUAUCACUGAAAACCAGUUUACACGUGUUUAUCAAGCCAUCUUAUCAGUCUUUAAUCUAGAGAUUUAAAAUUCCAGCAUGGUUUAAGAUAUGCUUAAGGUGUAUCAUUUAUGUAGCGGCAUGCCGCAAAGCGUUUUAUUAGUGCUCCACUAUUCUUUCCCUACCUAUACUUAAAAGUGUAAUAUCUCGUCAACGGGUUGACAGAAAUCAAACAUUUUAACACCAACAUUUAAGAGUAAUACUUCAUUUAUUUAUGAAACUUCUAGUAUAGGUUCUCAUUUGAAAAACCCAAGUUAGUAUCACCACAGAAAACUCCUUAAACGUUAUAAAAAAUCUGAGUAUUCGAAAAUAUCGGCUUUAACCACACUUAAAAAUUUAAAAAAUUAGAAUUUGAAUAUAUGCAAAAUUUAACCAAAAGAAUGGGGUGAACACUCACCAGGGAAUCACUCAUUAUAUUUAAUUUCUUAUUGUUUUAUACGUUUUAUUAUAUUAUUUACAAUGAGUUUCAAAGUAAAACGAUUGUUCUACUAAUUUCAUUAAUUACGAAUUGGAACUUGCACGAAGAAAGGCACUGUUUCGCUGGUCGUGCCGCUCUAAAUAUUCCCUCCACAUAACCGCCGUAGUUUACGACAUAUAACGUUGUACUAGAAUGAUUAUCUAUUAUUGUACGAUAUAUUUACUGUAAAUGGUCAUCCAUACUCAAUCAAUUUUAAAUAUAUAUUAUAAUAUAAAUUAAUAUUCCUAAUAAUUUUAUGAAAUUAAAUUUUAAAUAAUAAAAAAAAUUAUAUACGUAAAACGUCAGAAUAAAAACGACAGUAUUAAUGUUCUAUAAAUCACGUAAAAACAAGCAUUGGUAAAAUGGUCAACGUGUCGCAAAGGUUCUUUGUAGUAGUGGUUCAAUGUGGUGAGACAUGCGCUGGUGAAACUCAGGAAAAAAUAUCGCUAAAGCAUCUGUCAAAAUUAUGCGUAAAAAAAAUAAAAUAUUGAAUUUAGUUGUUUCAUCAUCAAUGAAUUGAGUGUAUAUUGUGCACAUAGCUCUCACAAAUAAUAAAAAAAAUAAUAUCGUAUCAGUCAGUAGUUCGCUCGUAUAAAAAAAAUCUAAUGUAUUUCCCAAUUUCAUGAUUUAUCGCUCCAAAAUCUAAACAAUUGAUUUUAGAAUUUAUAAAUAGCUUAUGGCAUAGGCAUUUUUGGAAAUUAAAAUUAAUUAUGCGGAUUUCCCUUGAGAGAGUAGUUAUAUUCCACAAAUUAUUAUUCUGGAAUGUUAGUUGUUUUGUUUGUAAUUUAUAGAUUAAAAAACCAUACGGAUGACAGUGAUUAGACGAUAAUUUACACAUAUAAAUCAAAUUUAAAUGUCUCUGUAAACUAUUUUAAAUAUUAUUAAUAUUGACAGUUUAGUUAUUUUAGGGAUUUUUUUCGGAGAUCUUUCUCCGGGGAUUAUUUUUUCAGAUUACCGCGCCGGUACCAUAUUUUCGUGAAACGGAUUAUAGUUAGCAGGGUGAUUGACAAAAAAACAUUUUAGAAAAUAAAAUAACCCAUGCCCAUACCCGAUAUUAGUAUCGUGAACAUUAAAUAUUAAACAUGGAAUGAAUUAACAAAAAUAUUUUAAAAUUAAGAAUCUCUUGAGUUAUCUAUAAUGUAUUAAGUCAAGUUGAUUUUAUGUAAUGUUGUAACUAAGGUGGAUCAAUCCACCUUUGUUGUGACAAUAUCAAAUAGGUAGGUGAUAAAACAAAUUAGUUAAUUUUUAAAUUAAAUUGAUAGGUAAAUUAGGUAUUUACCUAUUUGCAUUUAAUAGAUUAAAUAUUUAACGAAAGUAAAAAAAAAAAUAAUUUUAUUAUUUGAUACUUACUGAUAACAUUGUACCUAUUCUCUAGUUUAACUCCUAGCAAAUAUCUUGGAUUUACUAUUCCAUGGUCAUGAUUUAAAUUAAUUAAAAUGUAUAUCUUAAAUCGUGUCUACGGUUAAAAUGUUAACUGAGUGAUAAUGAAAUCAUAUUUUUAGUUUAAUUGAGGAUUAACAUUAACUGGAAUUUAAAUUCUCUUAACUGGAGAUUGAUAAAAUGGCCCUUAAAAUAGUGAAUAUAAAUAUAGGUAUUUAUCAACCAACCACCUAUAGUAUUAAAUGAAAUGUAUAAAGCAAUAUUAUAUUUAUAUUAAAGUUUUUAAAACAUACAAUUAAGUAAGUCAUUAAAUCUUUAAUGCAUAUUAUAUAGUAAUUAUUAAUAAAUAACAAUAAAAAAGUACAAGUAUUAUGCCGGGUUACAUAAAAACCGUUCUGUUAACUAAUGGUUAAGUUUGCAUUGCAUACAAUUAUUUCAUUAUUUAUAUUUGUUAUCUAUUGAAGACAUUCGUUUGAUUCUACUGGUAUAUUCCAAUAAUUAUACCGGUAUUAUUUUUAGGGGGAAAUAUAUACUGGUAUACGAGUACUAUUGGUAUAGAGAUGGUAUAUUGGUACCAAAUAAAUUUCUAGAUUGCUAUAACCACUUGCUCAGUUAUCAGUAUAAAUAUUUUAUCCAUAUCAAAUUAUAACGUGAUAAUGCAAUAUCAAGUUUUCACUGUUUUGUGUGUUUCGUUAUUUAUGUCAGGCUCGUAUUAAGCAUUAGGCACUUUGGACACUGUGUCUACGACCUACUAGAAACAUCUGAUCUAUGAAAAAAGAACUACAGCUAAAUAUAUAUAUAUACAAUUUAUUAUUGAAUUUUAUCUUAACUGCGAUCCUUACAUGAUUGUUUUGGAUGACGCGCUGCGUCAUGAGUCUUAUCUCAUAUAUUAUUGUGAUUGGCGAUGAAUGUAUUAUUUUAUUAUUGUACAAUGUGUAUGCAUUCAGUGACUUAACUACAUAUUAAAAUGCCCUAGGUAAAAUAUUUUUUCCGUCCUUAUGAUGUAGAAAAUAGAAAUUAUUAUACAUUUGUCACCGAAACAGUGCUAUGACUUCAAUAACUGUAUUUUUGACUUAGUAGUUAUGUAUUUUUUUUUUUUUUUUGGAAAAGAUAAACCCAAUCACACAUUUUUACAUGAAGUAAAUUAUUACAUUUACACGAUUAACCAUACAUGAGAUAUACAUUUUUAUUUUUUUAUUUAUAUACGACACAUUUUUAUGAAAUCAUAAAAUAAUUUGUAUAGUAAUAUUGUUUAGUAUUAAAUAUACAUAUAGUAUCUUUAUUUAAUCAAUUUUAAUAUUAUUAGCUUAAUCAGUUUGUCACUUCAAGUGACACAUAAAUUGCAGUCAAUUAACAGAGAUGUAAGCCCCGAGGAAAUUGUCUCAGUUGCUGCUGUAGUAGCUACACCAUCGCAUGCAUUAAUAAUAAUUAGUAUUUAUUUAUAAAUAGUAAUUGGUUUGAUAUAUUAUAUGUACAACUAAAAAUUAACAUAAACUCAUUAUAAACUGUUUUUAAAUUUACCUACCUAUGUUAUGAAAGGCAAUUUUUUUUUCAAUUAGUGCCUUGGACCUACUCCAGCUACUACUUGGCUUAAUCCAGCUUUGAUUUAUAUACAUUCUUAUUAGGUACCUAUUUAUAUAUUUUUUUUUCUGUAUAAAAAAGGCAAAUGAUACAAAAAGGAGUAGAAACUUUACCAAGGCGAAAAAGUGUCUAUUAAUUGACUUAGUUUUACCACAUAAAACAAUUAUUGAAAAUAUUAAGGAAAGUUAAUUAAAUGUAUUAGAUUUUUUUCGUGAUUGCAAAAUUAUAAUUACCUAAAUGAUAAAGUUAAACAGUUAAACAACUUAUCAAUUCAAUGACUAUGUUUUUGAUAACAGCUAUCAAAUUUGCAAAACUUUUCAACUUUAUAGCCGGCUAUUGGUUUUGUAUAGUUUUAUGCAACCAGCAUAAAAAUAACGUUUACAGUAAUUAUAUUAUGCCAAAAGAAUUACAUUAUUUUAUAAUAAUGUACGUUAUUGGAUGUAAACUUGAAAUCAGCGGGCAGAUAAUUCGAACUGAUGAUUUAAUAAGUUACCUGUUUUUUGUCUCGUCUACUACUAUUGGCCCAAUUUUUGUAAUGGUACUUCGUUGCUAAUCAAUUAUUGUUGUCCACAGUAUAUUUUUAUAUUAUAUAGCAUCAACUGAUAUUGGCUUGUAUAUAGUGUAAUUUUUUGAAAAUGUAAUAUUAUAAUUUAUAAGUAGUAAAUUUCUUCACAGAUGGCUUGGUAAGCAACAUGUAGUGGAAUUGUACACCAAUAACAAUAAUAAUAGUAGAAGCGAUAGGUGAUGGGAGGACUUUUUGCUAGGGUAUAGUGGUGACUAGCUUGUGAGUGGGGAAUUGUAUAGUUAAGUUUAGUGAAAGUAUGAAAAAAACCUUGUAAACAAAACAACUAUAAUUAUUGAUGUGUCCCCUCCACCAAGAAUUUUGUUGUCUACUGGCCCUCGUUUCACUUGACACUGCAAAUAUUUUUCGUUUUUAUUAUUAUUAUUUUUGUUAUAUUCGACAAUAUUAUUAUUCUGUUUCUUCAUACAUUUCCAUACGCUUGCGCACGAACGCCUAUAACCGGUUCCCUUCUUCAAAAUGAAUAUCGUUUCAUUAUAGCAUUCUAUUCUAUUCCCGUUACCGCCGCCGUGGUCCUUGUCACCAUUGUUCGUGUUGGUCGUCACGUAUCUCUCAGAGUCGCAGUAUAAUAUCAGUCCGUUAUCCGUUGUUCUGUUGUGGUUUUAAAUGUUUUAAUCCUAUUUUUGGGCUUGCGUUAUUUGUGCACGCUUGUAUGUGUGCGUACAUACGUCUAUACGAUAUUUCUUUGCGAGUGUAAGUUGUACUUACGGUUGCGCGCGAGCGUGUGUGGUGUUCGCCAGCACAAUAUGCUUUGGCGAUGUCGUGGUACUUCCGAUGGAUGUUCAGUCAGCAACAGGAUCCGUCCGCGGUGGUCCCGACUGUUAAUAAACCGCGUAGUCGGUCCUUGGACGGUGGAAAUCCCGUUGACCUCGUCAAACAACCGCAUUUGCCCAUCACUGCCGCAGCGGCCACCUUUCAUCUGGCCACCCUACAACCGGUGACCGCUGCACCGAUGCCCAUCCGGCUGCCAGUGACAAUGCUGUCGGCAGCCACGUUACCCUUCGUACGUAUUCUCGGUAAAUAAAUUACGGUGUGACGUGCUCUUGGUCUCGCAGAAUGUAUUUGUCCAAAAUAUGAGUUUCCAUAAAUCCGCCUUUUAUAUACAUUUUUAGAAGAGUAUUCAAAAACGUUAUUUUUGGUAACUACCUACUAACUAAAAUAUUUAUUUUUGAUAGAUUCUUAAUGAAAAUUGACUAAUUGCAAUUUAACUUAAAGGCCAUAGUAGAUAGGUUAGGUAUUAUAAUUAUUUUAAAUCGGUUUAUCAUCAUGUAUACUUUUUUUUUGUACAUUUGUUAAAUAUUUAGUAAAAGUCCAAUAGGCUUUUGGCCUAUAUGUGUAAAUAUCUAUAAAUAUCUGACAAUAUGAGACAGUAAUUUAUUUAUCAAUAAUCACCUAUUACUUAUAUUUGUACAAGGAUUAUGUUAUCGCUUUUGUAUAUAUUAUUAAGCUUGGUGGGCGCUGAGUGGUCAAACUCACAAUCAUGGUUUGUGAAGUUGGGUGCAGAAGCAUUGCACUAGAGUUAAAAAUACAUUAAUUUCUGGUAUAAGUGUAGUGAUAACUUUUUUAUUGAUAAUUUAGGGUUGCUACCAGUUAUACUACUCGUUAAAUUAUCUAAUGUUCACAUUUUCCAUUGAAAAGUCUAUUAACAAAUAAAACAAAUCAUUUUAAUUAAUAAGCCUUUUUUUUAUUAGUUAUAAUAUAAUACGUACAUAAUAUGUAUUGAUACAUUACAUAUGAUAUUGUUGAAAAUUACAACGGUACCUAAAAAUUGGUAAGGUCAGAGCAUUAGAAAUUCAUAUAGAUUUAGAAAAGUUAAAAUGUUUGUAUUCUAAAUACAAUUAUUUAAUAUUAUUAUGAAUACAGUUUUUGGCAACCAUUAUUUCAGUUUGAAUUUUGGAAGUUAUUGUUGUUUAAAUAUUAUUUUUUAACAUUGUGUCAAAUAUUAAUAAAUACAAUUUUUAAAUUAAGAUGACCUAUAAUUUUGGAGGUUAAUAUCAAUGCUGAGACUAACCCAACCUGUAACUGUACCCAUGGAAGUAUAUUUAUUAUGUAGAUUUUCUCCUUAAAAAAUUGUUAACUAAUGGAUAAAUAUGUAAAACUGGGUGCAAUGAAAGCUACCAAUGUAAUACAUAAAUGUAUAUAUUUUACAAUCUUUACCUAUUCCAAAAACCCAUUUAAUCAAUCAUUACUUUAUCCACUUGGAAGAAAUUAAAUACUAGAUAAAAUGGUAGGUAUCUAGUAAAAUUAAAAAUGUUGUAUAAAUUAUUUAUUGGGAGAUAUAAUCUCAGGAGAAGUGGUAUAGUCCUGACCAUGAAUAAAUAUAUUUAGUCAUGGUCCUGACAAUUGUUUUGUUAUCAAUUCUUAUCGCAAUGCUUUUUAUCAUGUAAUCAAUAUAAAUGUAUAAUAUAAUAUUAUAAUGUUUUAAAAUUUUAUGUGUUUCCAUUACAAAUAAAUGUAUACUUUAAUCGUGGCUUUCAUGGAAAUAUUUAACUGUUAAUAAUACUAGCUGAUUGGUAUACAAACCAAUAAUAAUGACCUAUACGACUACUGGCAUAUAAUAUAUAAAAUUAACUGCACGCAAGGUUAUGUCACUAAUAAGGGUGUUAAAAAAUAUGUUAGAAUGUUUAAAUGAAAUAAUUUUUGUCAUUAUAUAUUUUUUUCAUAAUAGUCUCCCUCAUAAAAUUAUAGUCUAUGUAAAAUCUAUCAAAAAACAUAAAAUUUAAUUUUUAAAACAACUUAAAGAAAUGAUUAAUUUUUAAGUACUGUAAUUUAUAAUUAUAACCUAACAUUUAUAAUUACUUUAGCUAAUUUAUUAUAAUUCAAAUUUUCUUAAUUAUGGGUAAAAACGAAUUCUUUGUAUUAUGAAUAAAUGUUAUUUAACAUAUUAUUUUGUUGUUUUCCAUGGGAACUUACACCACUUGAGUCAUAGUAAAAAUAAAGAGCUGAUACUGGGGUUGGGGGCAGCCACUGUUGUACGUGAGAAGUUGGGAAGGUAGGAUACAUAAGGUUAUUUCAUUUAUAUUUGUAAACAAAUAUACAUUACUUGAUAAAAGCUCCUGUUAAAUUUUCAAGAAUUUCCUUUUGGUCUAUACAUUUUAACCACAGAGUUUACAUAAACAAAUUGCAAAAUUAAAUGUCUAUUAAUAGCUAAAAAUGGCUAAAUCUAAAACGCGCCUUACAUAUUCGCGCGUUUUACAUUUUGACUGUGAUAUACCUGAUGAUGAAUUUUUAAUUCGAAAUCGGUCGUAUAGUACACUUAUCAUAUUAAAUAAUUCAAUUGAUUGUACUUCGCUCCGUUCUCAAAUAAAUUUCAAAGUCCCCCCUCAAAAUAUUAGAAUCACUCCUCUUUUUCCUCAUCCAACCAUUUAUUAAACUCCUAUUUUUCGGCUUAUGCGUAUUGCUAUUGUAGACCUCUCCUUUGAUUACUUCUUAAUUAUCACUAACUGGGUUUCCUACUCUAUAUUGCUAUUUAUCUUGUAUUAUAUUAUAGAUUUAUAUAUGUCAUUAUCACUAUUCAAUUUAUUACUAUUUCAUUCUCUUGUAUUGAACCACGGCCUGUUUUAUUAUUAAAAAUUUAAGAAAGAGCUGAUACUGGGGAUGGGAGCGGCCACUGUUGUAGGUGAAAAGUUCGAAAGACAGGAUACAUAAGAUUAUUUCAUUUAUUUCUGUAAAUUACGAUAAACCAUUGCUUGACGAUAGACGAUCCAAGUGCAGUUUGGUAGUAUAUAAUUUUGAAGUGUCGUAAUUUUUUAUUUGAUUUUCAUUUAAAUUUGAUUUCAAAACGCUUAUUAAAAAACAAAGUCACUCGAUGAUUUUGAAAAUUUUACCACUUCUAGGUAAAUCCAAUAUAAGUAUUAUUACCAAGUUUCAAGUCUACGUGUAUUUAUAACUGAAUUACAGCAAAAUAACUACCAAAAAUUAAAAUUCCUUAAAAGUUCAAAAGUUUUGGGGAAGAUACCGAAAGAAAGUAAAUCAAAAAGGCAACAAAAAAGGUGUCUUGUGAUUUUUCAAUUAAAUCAUUUUUUCUGGUGGAAAACGUCCGUGUUUUUAUAAAAUAAUGAAAUCAUGAAAUUGUACGUUUUCCUACGUUUUUCUUACUUAAGUGCUUUUAUUUAAAAAAUUGCGUUGAAAAUCAAAACAAUUACUUCUGUAAAGUACAGUCUAAACAACUUGAGCUUUCAGAAAAGAUGUUAUACUUAUACUCGUAGCAAGUUUACUAGGAACUAACGUGUCUACAGACUAUAACAAAGAAAAAAAAAGCAUUGUAAAAUCAAUAGCGCCAUUGCUAAACAAAUCUAGUUUAUGACCCAAAUUUUUCAAUUUUUAUUUUUAAAAAUGUGUGUUUUUGCUCGUAUCUUAAGAAUUUAAAGUCUAAAAAUAAUUCGGACGAACUUCGUUUGGGAGUUAUGGGGGAAAACUUCAUGAAGUUCGGAUUUUUCGUUUUAUAUUUUUUUUUUUUUCAAAAAGUGUGAAUUUGAAUGUUUAAACUUGAAAAAUAGUAUUUUGGGUGCACUUAGAGACCUGGUGAGGUCGCUAUGGUUUGAACGUUCGUAACUUUAAAUCAAAGCCAGAUUAAAGCCACUUAUUCUGAAUUCAAUAAAAAAAACUUUGUUAUCAAAAUAUCAAUAUCUACAAAUCAUAAUAAUAAUAAAAACGAUUACAUUUUGGAUUAAUUUUAAAAAUGCUAUUUUUCAAGGUUUAUGUAAUUACUAUAAAAGUAAGUAUAAUAGGUAAGUUAUAAUUAUACCAAUCGAUUAAGUAUUAAAAAUCACACAUUUUGGAAAAAAAAAAAAACAAAAUUCGAAAAUAUUUAAUUCUUACAAAGAAAUAUGUGAAACUGAAAACCUGAACUUCAUGAAGUUUUCCCCCAUAACUUCCAAACGAAGUUCGUCAAACUUUUUUUUUAAAUUCUUAAUGUAUAAGCAAAAGUACACAUUAUGAAAAAAAAAAAAAAAAAAAUGUGAAAAAUGAGCUUGGGUCGUAAACUAAAUUUUUACCUAAUAUUUUAUGGUUCGACCUAAUGUAUUUCAAACGUUUACAAGGUGACAGCGGUAGCGACAGCUGGAGAAUCACUGUUUGACGAAAAAAAAACUUUAUUAACAUCAUAACCACCUGUUAUAAUUUAGAAUAGAAAAAAUAAUAAUAGAGUAAUCUGAUAAAUAAAAUAUAUAUAUACGUAUGAAGAUGAGCUAUGGGUAAAAUCGGUAGCAUAGUAAACAUAUUGGCUAAUUCUUUCAAGAAAAAAGGUGUUUUUUAUAAUGGAGGAUUUAAAUUUUAAAAUGUACUUUUUUUUGGACUUUUAUAUAUGGUCACUAUAGUUAUACAUGUAAUAUUUACGAUUUUUUANUACAAGUCUAUAAACAUUUUAAACUGAAUUACAACAAAAAAAUUAAAAUAUUAUUUUUGUAAAUUUUCAGUUUUUUUUUAUAAACUAUAUAUUAGUUUUGUUUUAUAGAACAUUUAAAAAAUAAGUAGCUAUACAGUUUUAUAUGUUAUUUUCUUGGAGUUAAAACCACUACCUAUUUUUAUUUUUAAAUGGCUACAUGUAUUAAAAAUCCCAUAAAUAAAUGAAGGUUAAGUUAAAAUAAAUUUUGCUGUUGAAAAUUUUCGUUUUUGAGGUAUUCCACUUUUAAGUUUUAGUCGGAGAAGAGUAGUGUUGCACUAUUAAAAUGCCACGCCUCGUGCUGUCAUACAAAUGAUGCUCCACUAUACAAAUGUACACGGGUUGUUUUUUUUUUAUAUUUUAUGUUAUUUUUAACAAUCUCUAAGACCUUUACUUUUAUUUUUACUGGAUUAAGAAAUUAAUUACUUUUGCUAAUUUCCUUAUUUGUGAAUCUACUAUAAUGCAAAUAACCAUCAUAAUAAUAUGACCUAUAUGGUAUUCUGAAUUUUUAUUUAUUUUUCUUCAAUAUAAUUUUAGAUUUUUAUCUGCUUUUUUUAAAUUUAUUAUAUUUGUUAAUAUUUAAAAAGAAAAUGUCUAAUUUCAUUGUAUACUUUUAUUAUUUUAUCAAGUUGUUUUACAUUGUAGAACCUAAAUAAUAUAGUUUAUAUCAAGUAUUUCUUGUAGGUUGUUUAUUUUGGUUUUUUAUUAUUAUUGUGUCAUAAACCACAGAAUGGUUAAUAUUAAGACAGGCUAUAUCAUUAGUAUAAUAUAUUUCCAUUAUGUAUUAUAGGUCGGUGGUACAUAUAAAUAAAAUUAUUUUGAAUCGGUAGGUAUUAAAAUUCUAGAUAAGAUAUCCAAUCUUUUGUCCGUUGCCUAUGAGUUUUAUUAAGCCAUAAACAUAUCAAUUUUUGGAAUUUUUCUUAUACAAUAAUUUCUGCUAACAUAACAACAACAAUAUUAAUGUAAAAUUAUAAAAAGAAACAAACAAAAAAGACAGACAUACUUAGCAUGAUGGGUGCAGACACUGUUGUUGGUGUGAAGUUGGGAAGGAUAUAGAAGGGAAUUUAAUGUAUAUUUGUAACCAACGACAAACCAUUGUUUAAGAAAAACCAAUUCUGAACGAAGUUCAGUUUAAAGUGAUGUUUUAUUAAUAAUAUAUAUGUCAUAAUAUGGUAAAAUAAUUAAUUAGGCACUAUAUAUCAUUUCUUUCAUAAUAUUUGUUUAAUGUUAUACCGAUUUCCCCGGUUUUUUUUUUUAUGUUUUCUCAGGUUUUUCACAUUUGCUGGGAAAACUUUUGGGAAAGUCGAAAAUUGACUUCCUUAGAGUAUCUUCCCAGUUAGAUUUCUUUUCAGAAAAGGGUCUAUAUCAUAACAUUGCAGUUUGCUUCCUGGUAGAAAAGAAAUACAAAUCAAAUUCUAGGUACUAAUAUUGACUUAUUUGACUUCAAUUUGUUGUGGUAUUACACCACUGAGCAUAUUCCUCCAUAGAGAAACAUAGUGCCAUGACUGCGUAAUGUAUCUAGGUCUGUUGCUCUCCAUUUGGUCCCUACUAAUUUCUCUAUUAUUCCAUUUCUCUUGUUUACUUUUUCUGUGUUUUUUCACAAUGAUUCUUGUUGGUUUGAGAAAUUCUCCUUGCCAUAUUACUUUUAUCUUUGUAUUCGUCUGCUUGUUGCGUAGAUAAAAUGUACAUACUUGUUUUUUGGACCAAUUUGGCUCCAUCUCAGAGUUGUCAAUUUAAAUUUAUAAAGCAUAGAUAAUUAUUUGGUUCUGGUUUUAUCCUAUUUAUUUUUUGAUUCAGGUAAAUCUUAAAAUUCAUGCCAGUUUGCUGUAUUGAAAUUAUAUCUUCUUCUAAAGGGUACUUUCAAGGGUUUCACUUUCACCGCUGCUGUUACUUGUAUCAUAAUCUGACUGUUGCGAUUUUAUGAUAUGUUUAAUCCACUAUUUUGACUUAUGUUACUAAUUUUUUCCAAACUAAAGAUCUGGGUUGUACUCUCUUCUCCACCUCCUACUUUGAAAUGAAGACUGUAACUUUAGAUCAUGUAAAUUUCCAUCUUUCUACAUUAUCUCUGUUUUAAUCUAUUUCUGUGUAGCACCAGUUUAUGCUUCUGAUAUUAAAAUUCCCUACCACUAUAUUGAUGGUUUCUUAAAUAAAGUUUUUCGGUUUUUAAAUUUGAAUAUCUAAUAAGCCAGAUGGCUUAGAGGUUUAUGUAUUGAUGUUAUGGUGCAUCUAUCUAGUUCUACACUUGUUAUUUCAAUAUCGUCUUUAUCGGUGUAUGGUGUUGAUUUUAUUGCUAUUUUUGGUUUUGCAAACACUGUGUUAACUGCGUGAUCAUUCCACUAUUUGACACAUGUCUUCUAAUAAGUCUUUCAUGGUAUAUAUCUCUGUGUGUUUUUUGUAUGUCAUAUUUAUUUUUCUUACAUAGGUAUUCUAGGAUUGCCUUCUUUUGUCUCGUUAAUCCCUCAAUGUUUACUGAGAUCGUAGUAAUAGCUGGUCUUAAAAAAGGGCCUUUUAAUACCAAAGUACUGCAUUUAUGACGGAAUUGGUAGAAUUAGUUGAUGAGGGUGAAAUCUUUGUGACAAGAUAUUAAGUCUUCAUUGACCACCACUUUCAUUUUAUUAAGUAGUUUACAGUGGCACCACAUAGAAGUUUCUACCUUGUUCCCAUGUUAUCUAUGUUAAUAUAUUGUGAAAAAAUCAAUUUAUGUUAGUUUAUUUUACUUGCUUACAAAACUAUUUUCCUUGUAUAUUCAGUUUGUAUAUUUAACUUUUUUACUUAAUUUCAGCCUAUAUUUAAAUCUAAUAAAAUAUUCUUAAUAACUAUACUUAGUUUGUUAAAAAGUUAACCCCUUCACUAAGUAUUAUCUAAAUGGCCUCAAAUUUUUAGAAUAAUUAAUAAUUUUAUGGUAUUAGAUUGGUGUGUGUCCCUGAGGAAAUUUUAAAAUUGUCAAAAUAAGGACCACCCUAUUAGUUCCCCUAUUAGUAAUCACUUUUGAAAAACAAAAUAUGUUUUUCUUCUGAAAUUUUGAAAUUAAAAGAAUUAGUGAGGUAUUGAGCAGUAUUUUAAAUUUAAAAAAAAAUUAAUAACUUAAUGAUACUACACAUACAUUAUUUUUAACGCACAGAAAAAGGGAAUUUAUGUUCAAUGCAACCAAUUUUGUAAUUUUAAUUUUAAUAUCUGAGUAAAUUAACCUAAUAUCAAACUUAAAGAUAAGAACAUCAUCUGUAAUUGUAUGUUGGUUUUUCCAAAGUUGUAAUUUUUAAGAGUUGAUAUUUUGUGCAUUAGUAAGACUAAUGUCAUUACAACAAGUGAAAUUGCCAUUAAGUUUCAAGGUUAAGAUGGUUCUUCAAAUAUAUCUGAAGAGUUUUAAAAUACACUAUAAUAAAAUAAAUUCAAGGACAAUUAUGUUUUCUGAACAGCACAAUUUUUAAAUUUGCUAGUAUCAUUAUCUAAUGAACUUAUGUAUCUAAGAUACUGUUAGAUACUGUAUAAUAAACUAUGGGAACCUGCAUUAAAAAUAAAAAUUACAUUUAUUUUUUAAAAACAGUUUUUUUAUUUGUUGGUUUAUUGAUAUGCAAUGUCUUGAUUUUCUUUAUAGUUUUCAUAAUAAUUGGAAGCAAGAGGGUAGAACUGGAAAAUUUAAACAAUAAUGGUUACCAUUUUUAUUGAUUUUUUUUUUUUAAAUUUGGUUUAAGAUAAUUAGAGAACCUGAUAUUAUCUCAGAAUAAUUAUAUUAGUCUUUUCUAGACUUUUCAAAUCAUUCUUGUUAUUUUUGAUCUAUUUACAGGUGCUGAAAUGUUCGAGUUUUUUUAGUUUUUAUUUGUUAAAAUUGUUUUAGUGAAGCAAAAAUUAUUGAAAACUCAAUAUAUUUUUCAUCAGGGUUCAUCUUAAGGUUUAUUGUAAAUUGUAAUAAUUGAUAAAAUAAAAAUUAGUCUUAUAUAGUAAUUUUAGAUUCAUAGUAUAGUGAGGAAUGUAUUGGUUUUACAAUGAUAUUUAUUUUUUAAUUUGUGAACAACUUUUCUACCAGAUAUUUUGCUCAAUUUUUAUGUGUUUUUAUUUGGGUGGUACUUUAGGGAGGUAAUUUUUUGAUUUUCCAAGAGGUUUUAUAAUAAUUGAGAAUAAUGAGGAAAUGUACAUACAUCUAUAAAAUAAACUUUGCUCCAAAUUAUUUUCCCUUAACAAUAGUUUAUUUUUGCCUAUAGAUAAAAAUUAAAUUCCUUCAUAUCCUACCUUCACAACUUUUCACCUAUAACAGUAGUGGUCCACCCAUUGUAGAAAGUAAGUCAGUCUUUUGUGUAAUUCUUUUAUGUUUACAUUUUGAUAAAAAUCCUGAUAAUCGCAAAAUUUAAAAACAUGUUUAAUCAAACUUCGGCCAAACUUUUUGUUGGCAAUAAAUUUAUCAUUAUGUGUAGAUGUAAAUUAUAGAACUUUUUGUACCCUACCUACCUAAAUUCUUAUCUACAAGUCCAUAACAAUUGCACUGCUGUCAUCAAUAUUAGUUCUUAUUUUAAAAAAGAAGAUAUUUUAGAUUUAAAAAAAAAAUCAUAUUUAUUGGGUUUUGUAUAAUAUUUAAGAGAGUUAUAACAGUUAUAAUAAAUUAUUAUUUUUGAAUAAUAAUAAUUAUUGAAUAUAUGUAUGUCAUAUAUAACAUAUUUAAAUAAAUAACUAUAACAGAAUUAAAAAUAAUAAUUAUGGAGGAAUAAAAUUUACUAUUAAAGAAAAAAAACAGUAAAUAUUACUAUUCUAUAGUUAGAUUAUAAUGUAUUUUUUUAAUUAGUUGCAACAUAUAUCAGAUAUAAUAUCUUACUGUGUUAAGUGGUUGUGAAUUUCAAUUGUCCUACCAUCCAAAUAAUUUAAUUCCGUGGGACACAUUGUAUAUAAAUACAAUUCAUUAUUAUUUGUAAUUUGUAUAAUGUAUAUAUUAUGAUUUAACAAUUAUAUGUUGUGCACACAUCUAAAUGAAUAUCUAAUAAUAAUAGAUAUUCAAAAAAGUUCAAGAUUAGAUUAUUUAUUACAGAUAAAAAUAUAAUGCCUACUUCUUGUUUUGUGAAUUGAUUUGAAAAACUGUUUUAUGAUAUUUAAUAAAACUUGUGUAUUUUAGUUUUUAAUUGAGUCACUUCAAAAUAUAAAUAGUUGAAAUAUUAUAAAGAAUGUAUAGAUAUAACAUUGAAUGCAUAAUUGACCUAGUUCAUUCUAGUUCUACUGGAACUAAUAUUAUUUUAUUAAUUUUGUUACAGAGAUCAGCAAAUAUUCCACAAUCAAAUUUUGCGCAAGGUAAGUACAGAGUACACUAUUUAAAGUUAUGUAUUUAAUAUAUAAUUAUUCAUUUAAUUAAUAUUUGAAUGCUAGUAUUUUGUUCUUGUUGCUGUUAAUUUUAAGAUGACGAAAAUUAUAAGUCAUUUCAUUGGGUCAAGAUUAUUAAAGUUUUUAAUCUCUGACGUCAAUUCUGUUACUUUAGAACGAAAACUGAUAUUUUGUGUAAAGUUUAAUAUUUAAAUUAAUUUAAAGUAAAUUCAGAUAGGUAAACAUUAAGCUUGAAGCUAUUUUUUUAAAUUAUUUAAAAAAAAAAUUUCGGUGACAGUUAAAUUAUAUUACUUGACUAUGAAAUAUUUCUAAAAACAAGGAUUUACCAAUGACAAUUCGUGUUUAUUAAUAGUUACAGUUCAACUUCUAUGAUGAAUAGUUGUGAUUAAAUAAUAAAUUGAGGACAACAGUUACAUUACAAAUUUUAUUUUGUUACAAAUAUUAGUUAAUAUAUUUUGUUAAUUGAGCCCUGUUUUACGUAUGAAAAAGAUUAUUUAAAAUAUUUCGCACGGUGGGUGGGCCACAGUUGUAGGUCAGAAUCUGGAACGACAGAUGGGAAAUUUAAUCUGUAUGCAAUAAUUUACCAUUGCUAAAGAAAAAUCAUUCUGAGCGGAGUUUUAACGAUUUUCGUUGAAUUUUUGAUAUUAAAAUUCUUUUAUAAAAAUUCAACAUUACACUCAAUUUUUUUUUUAUUUUUACUACUAAGUAUGACCUUAUAACACUUGUUUAAUUUUCUAAUAUUUCUGUUUGGUCCAAAAACUUUACUCAUAGAGUACUUACUGAAUAAAAAUUACGUAAAAAAAAAACCUUAAAAUUAAAAUGUCUAUAAAUAGCUCAAAAUGGCUACAAUGUUUUGAAAAUUUUACCACGUCAAGAAAAAGACAAUAUAAGAUUUCUGUCCAAACUUUAAGACUCCACAAAUAUUUUUAACUGUAUUAACUUUUAACACAAAACAAAAAAAUUAAAACUUAAUACAUUUAAUUAUAUAUACGAUCUCUGUAUAUGUUUAAAUUACUUGGUAUAUUACUAUUUUAAUAUUUUAAUUUAUUUUUAAAAAAACAUGAAAUUAAAAAUGAAUCCUAUAAGUAAUACAAUUAAAAUAACAUAUUCUUCUCCAAAUUUAUAUUCAAACACUAGUGUUAUCUACUAAACUUACUUUAUCUAAAAUCCUUGUAAUUAGUAGGUGUAGAGCUUCCCAUCUAAAAUUAAUUUGACUAACGUAACUUGAUGGCAACUAAUUAAGGGAAGGUUAUUUUUUUAAAUGUUAUGUGAAAAAAGGUUAUCUUAAGUAAUUGUUUUACAAAAGGAGCAUAAAAUGAUUACCGUUCUAACUCAGUGUACUAUAUCAUGUAUAUAUAUAUAUAUAUAUUUUAUAAGUUGAAAUUAAAUUUGUUAAUUCUCUGAAUAUUUUUUUUAACCUGAAUUUUUCGUUUUUGUUAUUAUUGCAUGUUUGAUAUGUACAUGGUCUGUGUGAAUUUUACAAAUAUAUUUGGGAACUGUUAGUCAUCAAAGGUGUUUUGCCCUUUUCGUGAAUUCGGUAUCAUUUAGCAGCGGUAUUUAAUUCAUUCGAACCGUAAGCCAUAAACACUAGAAAAUGAUUGUACGUGUAGUGUAGAUUACGCUUGCUCUUAAUAAUGUUAAAGGUACCUAAUGUAAUACGACAGCAACGUUCUGCAUGUUUUUUGUAAACCUAACUUAAUAUUUCUAAAUAGGAAAAUGUUAUUUUAGAUUCUAAGUGAAGUUAGCCAAUGUAUUGGUUUUAAAAUGAUGUUUGUUUUAUUUUUAUUUUUUUAAUCAAAUUUUACCUGAGUGAUACUCUAAGGAGGUUAUUUUUUAUUUUCCGUGGGAUAUUCCUAAUCAUUUGGAAAACACGGAAAUGUGCGACAUUAAUAAUUUUUGAUUUUUGUUGUGAUCAGUGAAAAAUAUUUGUAGAGACUUGAAAUUUGGGUAGAAAACUUAUAUUUCUCUUUUCUAGACAUGAAAUAAUAUUCAUAACAUUUUCGCUAUCUUUAAGCAUUGAGCUAUUUAUAGAAAUUUGUAUUCUGCGAGUUUUGUACGUAAUUUUUAUAUGGUAGGUACUUUGUGUAUAAAACUGUGGGUCCAAUAUUAAAUGCUUAAUAAUUUAACAAUAGGUUUAUUAUAAUUCGUAAUUAUUGGCCAUAACAAAAAAAAAAAAAUUUUGAGUACAAUGUAGAUUUUUGUAAAAGAAUUUUAAUAUUAAUUUUAAUUUUGACAAAAAUGUUACGGCCCUUCAAAAUAUGUAUAACUGAACUCUAAGAAUCCUCUUUCAUUAGCAAUGAUUAAUAAAUUGUUGAUUACAGAUAUCCAAAAUUUCCUUCUAUAUCUUACCAAUGUACUCACCUACUACAAUAGCCUACCAAUCAUCUAAAGUAUGUUCGUCUUUUUUUAAUUUUACUAAGACUAGAUUUAGUGUUUUUGAUAAUAGUUACUAAAAUAUAAUGAGUAUUAAGAAGUACUUAAAUAUGUUUUUUUUCGGAAAUGUAUACAUAGUAACUUGUUUUGAAUGUAAUUAGCUAGUGCUUAAACUAGACUAUAUAAUAUAGAUUAUAGACUAACACUAUAUAACUAUAUGAGUACCUAAGGUCAAGAAUAAUAUUUUUAAAUUUCUUUUAUGAUAAAUUGAUAUAAUAGACUGAAAAAAAAAUAUUUGGGUAUAAAAUAUAUUUGAAUAAUAUGCACAGUAAUUUAUAUAAAAUUAGCGAUAAAUUUAUUAUUGCUUACUAUGUUUACUUAAAGUAUUUCUGUUGUAGAUUUAAAGUGAAGCGAGGAUAUUAUAUUGAUUUUACUGUAAUGUGUUUGUCUGUAAAGGUAAAUAUCUGUUGCAUUUUGAAUCUAGCUGGUGCAUUAAAAAGGUAAUAUUUUGAUUUUCUAAGGGAUUUUCAAAAAAAUUGGGAAAUACUGGAAGAAAAAUUAAAGAAAAACUGUAAAUAUUUACAACUAGUAGCGUUAUCGAUUUCAUUAUUUUUGAUUUUUACGCAUUAUGUUUUCUACCAGAAAUAAUAUUGCUCAAAAAUGAUGAAUUACCUUUUUCGAUAAAUUUCUAAUCUAGUUGGUGAAGAAGAAAGUCGGCUUUUCAUUUUUCGUGUAAUUUUCUUAAUAAUUUGGAUGAAACGUAAGAAAUAUAAAAAAGUUAACGGCAUUAAUGAUUUUAUUAUUUUGUUGUAAUUCUGUUUGGCUAUUUUUGGGCUAUUCAUAUGCGUUUUAUGUUUACGAGUUUUUAUAUAGUUUAAUUUGGUAGGUAUACCUAUGUGGACAUCAUUGUUUGACUAAACAAAUGUUCUAUUCAUAUGCGUUUUAUGUUUACGAGUUUUUAUAUAGUUUAAUUUGGUAGGUAUACCUAUGUGGACAUCAUUGUUUGACUAAACAAAUGUUUCAAAAGUUAACAGGAAGAUCAUUUAAAUAAUUAUACUUAGUGCUCAAAAAAAAAAAAAAAAAAAAAAAAAAAAAAAGUAGUCUGUAAAUUGUAAUGUAGUAAUUAUUUUCAUAAUAGUAUUAAUAUCAAAUUUUGAUGAAAAUCGUAAAUAUCACGUUUAAAUAAACUUUGUUCAGAAUGUCCUACAUUGUUAUCCAUGUGUUUUUAACUCGCAGUCAAAAUUUAUUUUUUUUUUUUCAAUCAGAUUUUAUGUCAGGGAGACAAAUGUAGAAAAUUACCUUUUUAUUUUCAUCCUUAUUCAUUGAAAAAAAAGAACUUUAAACUUUUCAAAAUGGUCGAUUUAUAAAAUAUAUUCUAAAAAAUUAUAUUUGUGAUACAAAUUAAGAAAUGUUAAAAUUAAAACGGCUAUUGCUAAGAAAAUAUCAAUCGGAUUGGAAUGUAUGAUGCAUUCAAAUUUUUACAGUAAUAUAUUUUACAAAUUAAAAGUAAUGAAUUAUAAGAAUGAAGUUAUUUUUUUCAUUGAUUAAGAAAUGAAAAAAAAAAUUUAAUUUUUUUCUACAUUUGUGUCCCCUUGACAAAACCUGAUUGAAAAAAAAUUACAUAUUGACUGAGUUAAAAGUAUGUGUGACAAGAGUCAGCGUUAUUGAUAUAUGGUUAACACUAUAAGACACUCUGUUUAAUAGAAAUCUAAAUAUUGACCUUUUUCAGUGUAUUAUCUCAGUAUAACUUCAUCAGAAAUCACCCUAAAACUUUAAAGAAAGAAAUAAUUACAUUUUUUCAAAAUAAUUCUAUAGUUAGAAAUCUUAAGUGAUACGUUUUAUUGUCUAAAUGUUUUUAAACAUUAAUCUAAAAAAUGCUUUAAAGUUAAUUCAAUUUUAAAAUUAUAUUUACUUAUGUAAUUAUAUUUCAAUUUUAGAUUUUAUAUGUUAAGAAGAGCAAUCUAAAAAUGGACCAAUAUAGUAAUUAUGAUACUUUCAGUAUUCCUUAUUACUUCAGUUUAAACACUAAAUUUUUGUUUUUAUAAUUUCUUAAUUAUAGGGCCAUAGAUAGAUUUACAUGCUUCUUGCAUUUACAAUUCCACCAUUCUAAACUUUAAAAAUAUAAGAUUAAAAAUAAUUGAUAAGUGAUAAUGUUAACAGGUUGACUACUGAUUGUUGUAGGUUGGAAGUGAGGAAAGGAUACGUAAAGUUAUUUUAUUUAUAUCUGUAAGCAAUGUUCAACCAUUGUUAACGAAAAACGAUUCUGACCGAAUUUGUUAAAAAUGUUUCGAAUUUAAGUGAUUUUAACGAUUACAUUGUAUUACAUAAAUACAACUUAUAAUAAAUCUCCUAUUAAAUCGGAGGAGCUAUAAAGUAUUCGAAAAAUAUUAGGUACGAAAAUAAUAUCGUUAAAAAUAUUUAAUCCGACAAUUAUUUUUUCAAUCCCGUGUUUUUAACAUUCCGUACACCGAUAAAACGCUAUCUAAGAUACCACCAGUACAUAUUUUUCUAAGAGAAGCGGUAAGAAAAUGUUCUAAUUUGGGUUGCUAAGGGUACGAAUUGUUUACUUGCAACAAGUUAUGCAAGAUCAACUAGUGUAAAUACAAAAAAUCUAGUCGUAUUUAUAACUCGAGAGUGCCAUAAUAGUGGUGUGUGUGAUAAUAAAUAAAAAAUAAUGUAGCACUGUACCUAACAUUACAUUUUAUAAUUAUAAUUAAUUAAAAUUUAAAUAUUAAAAUAACUACAAUUUAAUAGGUAGUAAAUAAUAUUUAUUUUAUUCAUGUCAAACCACUUUUAGAUAAUAAUAUUAAUUCUUCAAUAGUAGGUAUCUAACAAUGGUUCAAUGGAUAAUUGAUUUAAAAACUAUUAAUAGGUAACUAAUAUUUAAGGCCUCUAUUGCAAGUUGUUUUUAUGACAAUGCCCGACUGACUACGUUGUCUGUCUUGCAUCCAAACAAAUGUUAUCCAAAUAGAGCUCUAUACAAAUUUAAAAAAACUUGACAAUUUUAAAUAACUAUGUAAAUAAUUCAAAAAUAAGGAUUUAAAUUUAAUUUAAUUGACCUGGUCAAUUUUCCGUAAAACCCGUAAAUUUAUCUAGGAUAAUAAUAACUUUUUUCAAAAUUUUGAAGCCACACCCGGAUAAUUAUAAAGGCUGUAAAUUCUACAAAGAUAUUUCAAAAAUAAAACCACCCACAUUCCUAUUCCUAAAGAAAACCCCGUGAAUAAAUAUAUAUCCAAAUGCAAGUCAACCAAUAAACAACCAACUAGCAACCAAUCCUAACAAAAAAUCAUACGCAGAAAUAACCAUAACCGGUAUGCUUAAUUUUCUAAAUAAAAUACUUAUGAGACAUUCCAAGACUUCCUAAAGGAUUACUUUCAAAAAACAAUAUCAGAAUUCAUUCAAAAUAUACCGCAAAGUGACAUUUUCUCGUUAAUAAUGAGAAAAAUGUUAGCUAACUCAACCAAAUCAAUAGCAAUCCAAAAUUAAUAUAAUACUAUUAAAGGUAUGAUGUUAGUCAACUGGAAUGCAAACGACUUAAAAUCAAAAAGGUCCACCUCAGUUGAAUUUAUAUCAGGACACAAAAUCGACAUUGCUUGUAUUACUGAAACACACUUAAAGGUAUCCGAUUCCUUUGAAAUAACCUGAUAUAAAAUAUACAGAAAUGACAGAAAUCAUAUACAGUGUAUAUUAUACAAUUUUCAGGAGGUUCAGAACAAUGAUUCAAAACAAUCAACACAACUCUAUAAUACUACCGUUAAUAGUUCAGAUGGAAACUAUAGCUAUUAACCUUUUAACUAAUAAACACGACCUACGCAUUAUAUCAGCAUACAAUUCGCCGAAUAAGAAAAUUAAAAAAUUUGACUUAUUCAAACUUUUUAAUAACUCCCCAACCUUACUCCUAGGAGACCAAUUCAAAAUAAUAUGGGGCUGUAAAAAUUUCAAAUCCGAAUGGACAUAAAUUGUAUGAUUACACGUCCGACCUAAACUCUCUUAUAGUGCACUCCACUAUAAAAUUGGCAAAAGACCCAUCAAACUUAGACUUAAACUACGGCUCCCACAAGAUAUUUUACUUGAAGUUCAAGAAGAGUACUAUCCAGAUUCAUAAUCCAACCAAAAUUUAUUUUUAAAUUUUAAAUAAUUAAUAUUGUAAAAAUACUUGGUGUAUUGAAACAAUUAUAUUAAUAAAAAAAUAAAAUUUAAAAAGAUAUUUCAGUAAAAAUAUAAUCCACGUGCCUUACGAAAAAUUGUUCACUCUGUAUAGUGUAUAUUUUCAGAAUAUAAUCGAAAUUUCACAGAAUAAAAAAAAAAUAUCGACAUUUUUGUAGACAAUUUCUUUAAAAAUAUGAUAAGUAUAAAUCGUUACAAGUAACAAAUUAUUGUAACCGUUUUUAUCUACGAAUAUUCUUAUAAAUCAAAUCGAUAUAUUACUGUAUAAUUAUUAUUUGUAAUUGUUGUUUAAUCUUUUGAAUUUAUAUUAUGCAAUUACUUUUCUCAUAGUACAAAAUUUAAGUAAUUGUAAAAAAUUAUUAUCAACGUAUUAUAAUACAAAUUACAAUAUUAUUCUGAGUUUAAUUUUUUCUUUUUUUUUUUUUAAUUAAUGAAAAUUAUAUCGUAUUAUUAUCAUUAUUAUAAUUAAAUAAUAUAUAAUUUUUUAAAAGCCAAUAAAAUAAAAUCGAAUUAAUGACGUUUUAAGAAUGUCAUAUUAGUAUACAGAAUUAUAAUUAAUUUUUGAAUUAUUAUGAAUUAUAAUAACUCAUUAUUUUGUGAAGUAUUGACUUGACAAUGACAAUGUUUUGAAAAUUUAAGAAAAGUGCAACCCUAAAAUGUUACAUUUCCAUUAUUUUCGGUUUGGAAAGACUGCCUACUUUUGAUUUUCAAAUGACAACAGUUCCAUAAACAUAUAGAAUAUUAGUUUAAAUAAAUGUUGGUGUUGAAAAUGUUGAUUUCCGUCACACCGUUGACGAGAUAUUCCACUUUUAAAUUUGGGUAGGGGAAAGUAAAGUGGUUCAUAAUUGGUGUGGCGGCACGACGCGCGUCGUUUGAAAUUUGUGAUUAGCAAUUAAAAGUGGAAUAUUUCGUCAAUGGUUCGACGGAAUUGAAAAGUUUCAACACCAAAAUUUAUUUAAACUGAUAUACCUCGUUAUAUAUUUGAAUUUGUAUUAUUGGUUUCCAUUAGAAAAUCAAAUAUAUAUAUAUAUAUAUCAAAAUAAGGGUGACAAAAAACAAUGAUUUAUAACAUUUUGAAGCUGCUUAUUUAUUAAUUUGUCAAGCAUUUUUCUGAAUGGUCACUUUGCGAAAGGAGUGUUUUACGUUAAAUGAAUCACCGUCGACUUUAUGAUGUGUAAUAAAUAAUAAUAAUAUAUUAUAAUGUAGUAUAAAACAAAUGUCAGUAGUUUCAAUCUAAAUUUAAAAUUACACGAUACCUUAUGGGAUUUAUUGGUUUUCAAAUUUAUUUAUUAUAGUAUAUAUAUAUAUAUAUAUAUAUAUAUAUUAAUCAAUUGUUUUAUCUGUUCAUAAAAAUAAGUAAUAUUAUGACCUGACUAUCCGAAAUUAGUGACCUAUCCGAAAUAAUUGUAAGAUCAUUCAAUUAUUGUUUUAGUUAGUAUGUAUUUUAUUUUUUUUUGUUUGUUAUAAAUUGUGAUAACAUUAAUUUUUUGUAUAGUACCUAUAACGAAAUUUCUCUUUUAAUUACAAACUAUGUCAUGUUUUCACUGAAUGAAAUAUCGGUAAUAACAAUAUGCGCUCACUGUAUGUUAACACUGAGUCCGAUGAUAAAACCAAUUGAGACAUGUGUCUAAUGUAAUAUUAGGUAGGUAUUUGAUUUUUCUCUUGUAUAAUUUAUAGUAUAUUUUUACAAUUGUUAUAUAGGUACCUAUUCUAAUGAAGUUAAUAUAUUAUGUACUUAUGUACUUGGUCUUUUUUUUUCUAUAAUUACAACAUAUUAUAUUUUGUUAUUAUAAUUGUUUAUCUUUACGAUUAUAAUGGUAUUUGUGUUUUGUUAAAAUGAUAUCAAUCGUGGUAAUUUUCAUCAGUACAAAUCAUUAUAAUAAUAUUUAAAUGUUAAUAAUAGGUACCUACAGCUAUGUUUACACGCAUAUUAUUAUUAUAAGGUAAAUUAACGGUUUUCGUGAAUUUUAAUACUCUAUUGGUAUAAAAAUAAUUUCCGACCUUUACACUUUCAAAUAUUGUAUUAUUUUAGUUCUAAAGUUCGUAGCCGCGGUGUACCAUCAAUCUCUUGCGCUAAUACAAAUGAAAAUGUAUUCGUCAUUGACCUUUGACGCGUAGUCGGCAACGUAUUGUGCUGAUCUCGUAAGUGAUAUUUUAUACAUGUAUGUUUACGUGCACACUAGGUAUAUAGUAUACAGUACACAUAAUACUAUAAUAAUAGGUAUACACACAUAAACACCCGGUCAAAGUCGAUCUGUCCCGAUCCCGGGACUAGAUCUCUAUGAGCAGUACGAGUGUAUAAUAUGCUAUAGUUCAUGUGUGUACGUGGGACCGGUCGCGCGUCGUCCCCUACUGCCUCCGUACCCGUCUGUCGACAGGCCCCUUCUCCCAGGUUUCAGCUGACUGUGGCACUGUUGGUGGAGAAGGAAGUGCCGUCGCCGCGUCAUUGGCCGGUGGUAGUAGCGGACAGCGAUCCGGGUCGUGCUUCGUUUUCGAACCAGUCGUACGCACGUUUUCCGUAACGCUCGUUUUUCUCGUGCGCGCGUGUCGCACAGCUCAACCAAACGCAUGUAGUGCACGCGUCGUGUAUUAGAACGCAGCUGUGCCCGAUAAAGAUAAAAACUACGGCUGUAUACAAGUUUAUAAUAAUAAUAAUAAUUAUAGUGACAGCGUGCUGUUCAAGUAUAAUUAAUAUAGUAUUUUAUAUUUGUGAUUUUGUUGCCCCGAAUUAAUGUUAUAUAAUGUUUAACGAACAAAUCCCGUUGAAUUGAAUCGGUAUUCGUUUAUCAUAAUAACACACCGGGUACAUAAUAUUAUUAGUAUCUAGCAUAUUAUUGAAAAUACGUUACAAAAUAAAGAGCGUAUUGCUUCACGUUGUGAUCCCGCGGCUAGUGGUUUCGUACGAAAAUGGAAGUGGGGGCAGCGGCCAAGCCGAUAUGUCUGGCGAUACCGAAAUCGCGCGUGGUGUGCCAUAUCACACCGCCCGACGACGAGCCGAUCGCGCCGAAACCGGGGCCAAAGAACGUUUAUUCGCGGUCACCGUCGUCCCGGUCGCCAAGCCCGAACAGACGGUCGUCGCCGCGCACAUCGUUCCUGCAUGACGCUUACCGCGCGUUGACGGGCUCCAGGAGUAGUACGUUGACGGACGCCAAAAGCAGUACUCUCAUGCCGCUGCCGCCGACGGCGGACCAGGCGACAAAGCCCGUCAACAAGUCGUGUCUGUUGGACGUGCCCAAAGACGGACAGUUCCGAAACCGGUCUAAAUCGUUGGACGACGGCACCAGGAAAACGGCGCUCGCGACCUCCUCCGGAUCGUUUCGACUCGACAGCGGUGACGCGUAUAAGAUAUUCGAAAGCAUUCUGAAAGAAGGUACUCAUAUCCAUAUUGCAUUACAAACCGUGCGCCUAAACGCCCCGAUAAUAUACGGGUAAUAAUAUUAUAUAACGUCGGUGCGGACGCGAAUUCUGUAUUGUUCGGAAAUUUUCGUCUGCGAAAAAAAGAAAAUGGCCAAUUUACUAAGACUGUUUUUUUUCACAUCCGAAAAUAACCGCAUUGCGAUACGACAUAAACAUAAUUUUAUGUUUAAUCGACACACGUCGUCGUCGUGUCGAAACUUUUUUACGUGCGUGAAUACUGGUGUAUGUUACGUUUUAUUAUUAUUAUUAUUAUCAUUAUGUUACACGCCAUUGUCGGUCAUUAUCGAUAUACCGUAUUAUAAGCGCGGUUAUUGUAAUGCGGCCGAUAAGACGCGCAGUUUUUCUUCUCUUUUCUUUUAAACGAAACGAAAAUUAAACAAAUCAUAUAUUAUUAUUAUUUAUGCAUCAUGUCAGGACAUCAAUCGCCGAUCGCCGUGAUUAAAUCGCGUGUCUAUGUAGGUGUUGCAUAAUAAUAAUAAUAAUAGUCGUGUAAAUAAUGCCGCGCACAGGUUCCAGUCGUUUUAAGUUUUUUACGCACGCGUUGCGGGGAUUUUUUCUCUCUGUUUAUGACUUGGCGUCGUUAUUAUUAUUAUUCGCGAAGAACGGGAGCCGAUCAAUGCCAGUUGGCUCCCGUUGGCGUAAUUUUUUUUUCUCUUUAUAUCGUGUUUUUAUCGUAUGGACAUAAUAUUAUUAUAAUAUUAGAUAUUAGAUAUAUAUAUGCAUAUACAUUAUGUACUUUUGACUUGACGGUCUUUUUUCGAGUCGCUGUCGUAAAACAAAAAUACUCGCGAACAGAUUUCAACAGGUCGCGACAUUGUUGUAAUAUUAUAUCUCGGAUAAAAUAUGUGCCCAAUGCCAAACCGCCGGCUACUAGAGCCCCGUCGACGGCACGCGAUUUCCGGCGACAAUCGUAAAAAAAAUAAUACCGCUAAUAGAGAACGAAAAGAAAGAGAGAAAAAAAAACGUAAUAAUGUGUCGUGAAACGUCACGUGUUCGGACAAGUGACCGAUCGGUAAUCGUCGUCUAAUGUAACACAAUAAAUUAUUAUACGUCUCGAAUUUCUCUUAUUUCUUCAAAAAACGAUCGAGACGAUCGAGUAUCGUUGAUCUUCAUUCUCAAUACGCGUACGUCGUAUUUGUGUCAAUAAGUACGAAGAAAGUUGUACGGGUUAGUGUCGUAAUACUGCCAUUAUUAUACGACGUGCCGUUGGCGUGAUUAUUAUGUGAUAACAUUAUCUUUAUCAGGUGUGAUCGGAUCGUUAUAGGGGAAAAAUUAAAUGCAAUAAAUAUUACCGAACGUCUUGUAAAUAUGAUUGUUCUACGUUUUAAUCGCAUAGAUGAUUAGGUAUAUCGAUUUUAUUUCAUUGCCGAAAAUCACGCCCUUACGCCUAUAUAACAUAAUUGUUUUUAAUUUCGUUUGAAAAGUAGGUACUCGUGCAAAUUCAACGAUCGAGCGUUUAAAACAGUGUAAUUUUAUUAUUGAGUACGCGUGUAGUUUUUUCUUUUUUUUUUUCUCUCGAUGUGACGCUAUUUGAAAAUCGUUUCGGAUCCGGAUGAUCCAAUUGUGACCGAUAACACAGACCGAUGAUAAGGAGAGCGUGACGUAGACGCCGAUAUCGCAUAAUAAUAACAAUGAAAAUACGAUUACUCUUGUUGCGGGACAGCGCGCGCGUAUUUCAAUUAUUGACAUUGUCGGGGCGGUGUUUGUGCGCGCGUUUUGAAAAUUAAUAUCGCGCGCGUUCGACCGCCGCGUCGUAGCCCAAAACGGCCGUUGUGGCGCGAUUUACCGGCCGGUCUAAUUGACUAUACCACCGACGGCCCCGUUGUCGGUGGGGUGGCGGCGUGCGGGCCGACCUUUGUCGUAAAUAUACCUGCGGUGACGCGAAACGCCCCGUCUGUGUAACAAUAUAUUGAAUGCCGAAAUACAAAAAUUAUUAUCGCGUUGGACGCGCGCACGACCUCGCGCGAUAAUUUCGUUUUUCAAUAUUCGCCUCGCCGCAUUAAUCGCUUCUGUGUCGGUGUUUUAUCACGUGUCGGGUACACGGUUAACUAUAACAAUAAUAAUUAUCGUGGCGGGCGGGGCGGGUGUUAUUGGCGUUUGCUGCGUGUUAUUUUUGGCGACGCGCAGAACAGCAGUUCGUCGCGUAAGAAACAAAAAUCCGUUAUGUACUUCGCCGAUGAUUUUUUACGUGUUGGUGGACACGUACAGGAUAACAUUUCGCUAAUUCGGCCGGUCUCGCUUUGAUUCGCAAACAGCACAACACUAACGCAUCCGGAAUAGACCGGCCGUGUUUUCGGUUGUUAGCCCCGACGGAAAAUUCUGUUUUUUCCCAAUUAUAAUUUAGCGGUUUCAGAAUUCUGUCGGUCGGAACAUUUUAUUUAGCAUAAUAUUCACCAGAUUUUGAAUUCGGUGAUUUUCAGUGCAUAUUGAAACGUUUAAAAUUAACUUUAUUAGUAAUUGACGAAUCGAAUCUAGCGGUUCCCAACUCUGUACGUAACCCCUUUCUGAGGGAUGAAUUUGGUAGAUGUUAUAUUUGUUUAAUUUUUUUCUUUUCAAUAUAAUAAACCAAUAAAGUAUAAUUAUUGCCACUUGCAUCAUGUACAAUAAUAAUAUCCGACGAAUAGCGAAACACCGGUGUUGAUUUCCUAAUUGUUAUCGUUCAUAGACUAUUAUAGUACUAUAGUCCUAUAAGAAAAAAAAACAAUUUCCGGUUGUUCAAGUUCUUGUCAAGCACCGUCCUUGAAUUUCAACAUUUCCUAGUUUUCACCAACUGAUUCUGAUAGCCCUUCCGGCGGCUGGACGGUGCGGCACGGCGCACGACCGUCUAUAACAUAUUUCUAUUCCUAAUCGUUCGUACACACUCCAUCCAACCGCGGAAAACUCCGCCGCCACUCAUCUCCAUCUUAAUGGGAUUCGAAACGGAACAAAAAUCCCCCCCCCCCCCACACAGAUUGUUUGUCCCUUUUUUCGUCCAUCGCAUACGCGGCGUAUCAAUUUAUAGAACUAUUUAAGUCCGUUCGACAGUCGGAUCGUGGUGUUGUAGCGCGAAGCUAUACGAGUUUCGAAAACGGAUUCAUUGAAUUCGACGUGGAGCGUGCGCAAAAUGCGGCCCAGGCCCAAACGAACAUUGUUUAAAAUCGAAUUAAGGUUGGCACUGUAAUUCGAAUAAAGCGGGCCGGCCGAAAUCGUGUUAGCUUCGCCGUUCAAUGUCAAUCGGUUUUCAGAAAUAUUCUCGUUGUCGCUUCACUAUAAUGGAUCGGGCCAGAGAUUAUUUUUGGUGCCCGGUGCAGAAUCAUGCAAGGGGCGCCUUUUUUAACUAAAUUUUAUUUCAAGGUAUUAAAUCUAGGCACAUGCUUUCCACAAAAAUGUGCUGAUAGCGCUUAUAGUCUGUCAGAUAUGGUACAAUGCAUUAAUAUUAUUACAGUAUAUUGUUAUUUUUAUUUAGGAUAGUCAUUAAGUCGUCGUUUUAACUUAAAUUUGUAUUUUGUAACAGGUUGGUAAUUCUUGAUUAAAUAAUUCUAUUUUUUUUUUUACAUGGACGCAUGGGGUACCGUGAUUAUUUGAUCUUUGGUGGGCCUGGGUGAAUUUUGACCCAGAGACCCCCCCCCAUCCUCUCUGAACGGGCUUGGAUCGGGCAAAAAAAUGUGUUACGACAGAGAAGAAUAAGGGUAUCGGAGGAUAUUUGUUUUAUAACAAUCCGUAAAACGCAAUCGUUAAAACCAUUAAUAAUAAAUAUUCAACACAGUACGACCACGAGCGUAAGUAUAAAUAAUAAAGUGCCCGUUUGUUUCAACAUGCUGAGUCCUUGGUAGCCCGGGUCCGGUUUUUCGUCUCUGCUCGCGCUGCGAAAAACCUAACGUAACAUAAAAAAUCGCGGAAGAAAAAUAAUAUAAAUCUGUGCUUACUGUUGUUAUUUAUCAGAUGUGUAUAUUACCCGAGUUGGUAGUGUACUGCACACUCGAUUGUAAAACUAGUGCUACCGGUUCAGUGGGUUUUAUUAAAAAAAUAUAUAAUAAUAAUAACAAAAUAACUCGAAAAUCUCGCUUCUUUUGCCAUUCAAAGGGUAUAAAAACAACACGGAAUAAAAAAAAAAACGACGAUAUAUUAUUAAUAAUAUUAAUGCUAAUUAUGCGUGUGUUGGGUACUUACAAUACCUUUAGAUUUCCGAUUUUUUCUGGGUUUUUUUUUCCCCGUACAAAUGUUAAAAUGUACGUGUGUAUACAAUUAUAUUAUAGGUGUACGUUUAUCAUAUAACAUAGUUGACAAUAAUUUCGACUUUUCAUGUGUUCGUACCUAGGUAGGUUAUUAAUCAUCGAAUGAUCCGUUUUUGUGUUUGAUCUGGUCGAGCUGUUUGAUUGUGUUGAUGUGUUGGUUUGAGCAUUGCGUUAUAACUCGUUGCAUUACUCUUUUACAAAAAAAAAAAAUAUAUAUUUAUAAUAAUGAACGAUAAUCACGUCGGGUCAUUUAUUCGAUAUACCUAUCUGUCUAUAUUGUCGAUAAGACAACAAAUCGCAUUGAAAAAAACUCUUAGAAAACAGAUUGGUAAAUAGAUAAUACUACAUAGAUUUUAAAGGAAUUAUUUUUGUUUUGUACAACUCGUGUAAUCUAAUGGCAAUUAAAUGGAUUCUAAUUUUCUAAGUAUUUUUGUUGUUUUAUUUUUUUUAUUUAUUAAUAAUUUUAGAAUAAUAAAUUGUAAAAUUUACUCAAUGUGUAACGGAUUUAUUUAGUUAAAUAUUUUUCCCAGAAUUGUAUAUAAACAUUAAUAUGUUUAUACUGUUUGGUCUAAAUAAUUAGCCUAUAGCUAACCUCCGAUUAAUUGAUAUUUAAUUUUUUUUUUAUGGAACAUACAUAGUAUACGUUUCUUCCAUAAUUACCUAUGCUAAUAAUCGUAUUUUAAUAGUUAUAAAUGCUUAUUGUUCAUGAAUUUGAAAAAUUAAAAAAAAAAACAUCAACAUGUAUAUUAUUUAGUAAUAUUAUAGUUGUUUGAAGGGCACGAUAAUUUUUAUAUUGUCAAACAAAAUAUCAACAUUCAAUACAUUAGAGUUAAAAUAACAGUUUUAGGCGGCUAUUCCUGGUUUUUAAAAGUGGAAUAUUUUUGACACUUUUAUUAGUCUUUAGAAAAAUAUUUGUUUACACUAUAAUUAAAAUGAGCUUUCUAAAAGGGUUUUUCAUUUACAAGUAUACACUCGGAAAAUAUUCAUUUUUUUUUCAUUUGUUUCGUAGAACAUUUAAGAAACAAGCAGUUCUAUAAUUUCUCAUUUAUUUCAUUUUUUUGUCAUCCUUACUUUUAUUGGUAUAACCACUUAAUAUUUUUGAUUUUUAAGUGGUAACCUAAUUAAAAAUUCCAUAAAUAGACGAAGUAUUGGUUAAAAUAACAUUUUUGGUUUCCGUUAAUCCAUUAACGAGACAUUCCACUUUUAAAUUUAGGUCAGAGGAAAGUAAACGGUGCAUUAUUAAAAUGCCGCUUCUCUACUUUCCCCCAAACCAAACUUAAAAGUGGAAUAUUAUCUGGAUUGAAGUAUAUCAAAAAUGACAGUACCAAAAUUUAUUUUAACUGUUUAUGACAUUUUUAAUAUAGGUUGCUAUUUUAAAAUCAAAAGCAAUUGGUGGUUUUACUCACAAAAAUAACACAAAUUUCUAAGGAUAAUAGUACAGAUAUUCAUACAAUAUUCAUAUUUUGCCACCACUCUUUGGUUUCAGCCAUUAUGAAACACUAGAAUAAUGUCAUUGAUUCUUAAGAAAACAACUAGGCUCUAUCAGUUCCAUUCCACAGUUAGUAGCCAAAUAUCCUUGUACUUAAGGCUAUCUAUCUAUUUUAUAAUCCAGUGGUUUUCAAUCCGUGUUCCGCAAGUGAUAGUUAGGGGAUCGCUAAAACCACAAGUAUCAUAUGUAUAUUGUACAUUGUAUUAUUCAAAUUCUAUUAAAUAAUUUUUGAAGGAGUCCUUAUAAAUGAAAAUCACUGAUAUAAUAUAAUCAAUGGUAGCAGCCAUUAUUUACCUACAAAUUUUACUUUUUCUGCUCAUGGGGAUGGUUAAUAGACAACUUAAUAGAAACCUGUUGGGAUUUUCCAAUAAAACCCAUCAUGUUUUGAAAAGGAAAAACUGCCCUUUUUUUUUUAUUAGUUUUAUUAUUUUUUGUGAAGUGUUCCACAUUACCUCUGCUUCAUCAGAGCAUAUUUAUUAACUUUUGGUCUCGUAUAAAAUAAACUAAGAAAUCGGUUGUGUCAUUAAAAGGCAGUCGAUUUAAUUAACAUUUAUUAUGCAUUAUUAUUAUAUCAACUAUUAUUGAUUUUUGUUCUUUUGUAGUUGUAUAUGUACUUAUAACAUAAAUAAACAACAUAUGAUAAUAACAUAUUUUUUCUAAUGAAAGCUAAAUUAGAAAAAAAGAAUUCUGAGACAAGUAUGUGAGGUGAGGGGGUUGUUAAACAAAUGUUAGAUGAGUUUAUCUCAGAAAAGCAGCUUGGGUGUUUUCAUGUUGGACUUUUUCAUACCAACCCUGACACAUUUUAUUGAAAUUUAACUGGUGUUAAAAAAAUUAUUUGCUAAAUACAAAUACAUUAUUGCCCUUUUUUUUUAUAUGUAGAUAUAUAUUUGAUUUUUAUUUUUAUUUUUCAAUUCAGAAGUUAGAUAUGCUAAACGUUUUUACUUUUCUACUAUACAUUAUAUGUUCCACAAAAAUAUGACAAAUGCAAAAAAUUGUAUUCUCUAUUUUAAGCUUUUCCUUUGGGUAAUAAUUACUAGAGCCUUGCGCUAAAAUUCUAAUAUUUUAUAUUUGUUAUAAAUUUUUUUUUUUUCACAAAAUUUAAGAGUCAUUUGUUUUGAAUAUAAAAGUUGGCAUUAGAAAUUUAGAUUUAAUUUUUUUAAAAAAAAAAGAAGCUUACUAUUAUUGGUAGCAGCUAGCAAGUAGCCUCGUGUGACCAAAGCUUUAAAAAGAAAAAUAUUAAAAUUUAUAUAAUAUUAAUAAAAACUCCGCAAUAAAAUAAUUAGGGUUUAGUUAGGGUUACAGUUUUAAAUGUUUUUACAUUAUAUUAAAAACUAUUUUUUUUAAAUUCUUUCAAUAUUUAAAAUAUAAAAAAAGUACCAUAUUCUAUUUAAAUUUAAUUUUUUUCUAUCUUAUAAAUAACAAAUAAUUUUAUUGAUGGUUAAUGAUAACUUUUUUUCUUCUAUUAAUAAUUGAACCAUUAUGUCCAUAUUAUUAUAGUUUAAUCUAAAUUUAAUAAUACAAAUUGUACUAGUGUUAUUGUUUAUUACUGUAUCAUUUUCUACUCAUAAUGAUUAGUAUAUUAUAUUACAGCCUGUAAUGGGUUUAAGACCAAUAUUUUGACCAAGCAAUUUGUCCAAAACUUUAAAAUAUAGGGUUGGGAAAAUGUUAUACUGCUGUUCCUCUCCUUACAAUGACACCCCUCAUAUUAUUUAAAUUAUUUUUAUUGUCAUUAUUGAAUGAUAUUAAUUUAUUUAUCACUUUCUGUCCAAAAAUACUCAUAACACAAUAAUAUUUGUUAUGACAUAGUUACUAUUUAAUAGUGGCUUGGAAAAAAAAAAUUUAGAAAAUUAAUAAGUCAUCAUUAGUAAACAUUUUGUAAAAUUAAAACCUUGUUUCAAAAAUAAAUUUUUAAUAUGGCCACCUAUUUAGGAUUUUGUAGAAAAAAAGAAAACAUAAAUUAUAAGAAUCGUAGUGCAAGGCUUUAAUAAAGAAAACUAAAGUUAUGUAUUUGUAUUAAUACUUCUUGUGAUUACAUAAAUUGAACUGUAAAACAUAUUGAGUUACAUGAAAUAUUGGUUUUCCUUCUUUUUUUUUAAUUGAUAUUUUUUUUUUACUCUUUAAUGACUACUAGAUAAGAAAUAGGUAUCUUUGUUAAAAUUGUUUUUUAGGUUUUUAUGAAAUUUAUUCAACACAUUUUGAAUUUAUGUUAUUGUUUAACUAUUAAAAUAUAAUUAAACUAUUUGUAAUAUUUUAGUUACAUUAUUAUAUCAUACAUUUAUUUUCACAAUUUGCUUUUAUGCCUUAUUAUUAAUUAGAUAAUUAUUCUAUUCAUUUAUGGGUCAUAGUUGAUUUUAGGAUUUUUAAUGUUUCAUAAGCAUUAGUCCUUAUCGAAAAGAAAAAAAAAUUUUACAAACUCAGAUUAUGAUACACGAGUUAUUAUUAAAUUUGUAAUUUUAAUUUCAAUAUUGUCGUUUAUGCAUUGUGAUCAUGACCCAUUGACAUUGAAAAGACAACAACAAGAAUAAAUAUAAAAAUGUAAAUAAUGUUAUUAUGGAUUAUGAUGUUUAUUGUAAAAUAAAACAGGUAACUGUGAAUAAAUAAUUUAUUUUUUCUUUUAAAGUAAUGCAUUAUGUAUGCAUUUUUUUCAUUUUCGUUUAUUAUUAUAUUUUUAUUAUUAAUAGGAGCUCUUUUACGCAGAAGUUCUCUGGAUCCUGAAACCCGGCGACUAUCUUUAGGAACUAUAUCUAGUUCAAGAAAGAAUUCUGAUGGAGUUUCUGAUCCUGCACAUGCGGCCAUAUUAUUUAGAGAUGCAAGAGGAGUAAGUUGAAAAUUGUUAUACUGUUUUGAAUGAAGACCUUUAUUAAUUAAUAACAUUAAUGUUGUAUAUGUAUAGCUCCCUGUUGCUGAUCCAUUCUUGGAAAAAGUUAAAAUCAAAGAUCUGGGUAAAUUAUUUUUGUUAAUUACUUAUUUACUUGUCUAGACUAAUAUAGAUUUUACAGAUCUUUUGCCGUAACAAUUAUGUUAGGUUUAAGGGUUAUAAUUUUCACUUACCAUACUUGUCAAAUAUGGCCGUACCACUUUCCUUAUUUAGUCUAUUUAGUCUAGUGGUUUUUCAUAUUGUUACUUGAUUUAUUAAUUUGCUUUUACUUUUUGUACAAUUUGAGUACAUUUAUACAAAUACAUAUUGUGCUGUUUAACUUAAUAAUUGUAUGCGUAUGUUAUAUUAUAUAGUUAAGCCUUUGUUUCUGCUAUUUUAUUAUUACAUUCAUAAUUGGAUAUUUUUAAAAUAGCUCAGUUCCAGAUAUACUAUAGGAUUAUAAUCUAACCUAAUUUAAUCUCAAUAUUAUUAUUUUUAAUUUCAGUUGAUGAUGAAAGUCAGAUUUUUGUGAAAUUUUUCCGAUUCCAUAAAACUUAUGAUCUCAUACCAACUAGUGCAAAAUUGGUUGUAUUCGAUACACAGUUAAUUGUAAAAAAAGCGUUUUUCGCUCUAGUAUGCAAUGGUGUUCGAGCAGCUCCAUUAUGGGACAACAAACGACAAGAAUUUGUUGGCAUGCUUACUAUUACAGACUUUAUCAGGAUAUUGCAAAAAUACUACUAUUCAUCGUCUUCGAUUAUGGAGGAAUUAGAAGAACAUAAAUUAGAUACAUGGAGAAGUAAAACACAUUAUUUAUUAAGUUUUUAAUUUUUAGGAAAGCAACUUAUUAUUUUUUUUUCAUUAAAUCUCAAAUUUCAGAUGAAUUACUAGAAGAACGUCCACAAGAAUUGAUAUCCAUUGGUCCAGAUAUGUCUUUAUAUUUUGCUAUUGAAACACUAAUAAAUAAUAGAAUACACAGGCUUCCAGUUAUUGAUCCAAUCACUGGAAAUGUUCUUUAUAUUGUCACCCAUAAACGCAUAUUGCGUUUUCUUCAUAUUUACGUAAGGGUAUUGAAUUUUUAUAUUUACUAAUAAAUUUUGUUAUAGUAUUAAAAUAAUAUUUAUAUUUAUAUUUCAGAUAAAUGAUUUACCAAAACCUGCCUAUUUAUCCAAGACUCUGGAAGAAUUGAAAAUUGGUACUUAUGAAAAUAUAGAAACAGUUUCUCAAGAUACUUCUAUCAUAUUAGCAUUAAAGAAAUUUGUUGAACGGAGAGUAUCUGCUUUACCUAUGGUCGAUGAUGAAGGUCGCCUUGUUGAUAUAUUCGCUAAAUUUGACGUAAUCGUAAGUUAUUCAAAAAAAGUGUAUAUUAUAUAUUUCAAGUUAUUACUUAAUACUUUAUUUUCAUAGAAUUUAGCUGCUGAACAUACAUAUAAUAAUUUAGAUGUUAGUCUAAAAAAAAACAAUGAAUAUAAAAACGAAUGGUUUGAAGGUGUACAAAAAUGUCAUCUGACUGAUACAUUACUUAGUGUUAUUGAAAAAAUUGUCCAUGCUGAAGUGAGUUAUAAUAUCAUAUUUAAUAACAUAUUUAACUAUUAUACAAUUUUAUUUUUGGUCUUUUUAAGGUACACAGAUUAGUAAUUGUAGACAUAGACGACAAAGUCAUUGGAAUACUAUCAUUAUCUGAUAUUCUGCACUAUUUAGUACUUCAACCUUCUGGUAGGUUACAAUAAGUAACUGCUAUUAUGUUGAUUAACUUUACUUUUAUAACUUUUAAAUUACUAUUUAAAAGGAGCUGAACUGUUAUUACAAACCAAAGACCUUUACAAAAAUAAUGUGGACAAUUCUAAAGCUUUAAAUUCAAUUGUGGAGCCAGUACUAUUACAUGUAAUGUGA